AUGGAAGAGAAGAAGGACUCAUUGAGGGGUGUAGCCUUUGCUGCUGUCGUCUUCUCCACAGUAGCAGUGUCAGCAUGUCUUGUCACCUUCCCGCUGGCAGAGGCCCAGUGCUGCACUUGUCAACAAGGCCCACCUGGUCCAGAUGGGCCACCCGGAGCCGAUGGCAAAGAUGGAUCUCCCGGUGCUGGACCUGGCGAACCCGGACCUCCUGGACCUGACGCAGAACUACACGACCGUCUCCUCCCUGUACCACCACAAUGCCCAUGCAUGGCUGCUCCUGGAAUGGCAGGACCACCUGGACCACCGGGACAGGAUGGUUCACCUGGUGCACCUGGAAACAAUGGAAUCGAUGGAAUGCCAGGACAGCAAGGUCCUGCUGGACCGCCUGGACCACCUGGUCCUCCUGGCCAACCUGGACAACGUGGUCCGCCUGGAGAGCCUGGUAUCUUGGUACCCGGUGGACCAGCUCCUCAGGGACCUCCGGGACCUCCUGGACGACCAGGAGCUCCUGGACAACCUGGAAAAGCUGGAGCACCGGGGAGAGAUGGCGAGAAUGGAUCACCUGGACCUAUUGGAGAACCUGGUUAG